GUGUUAGUUGGGUUUGAAGUUGCUGCUCUGUUUUCGCAGAGCGGGCAAGCAAAGUUGCACGAACUCCCACCACCAAUCGCUUGAAAGUGUAAUUCGGAUUAAUAAGCGAGAGAGAAAGAAAGUUACCAGAUCGGAUCUGGGGGGCGAAGAAGAUCGCUAAUUGGAGCUCAAGGAUAAUGAUGAAUUCCUUAAAAACCGGCGGUCUAGUCAAGCUCUCUGGCUUCCUCCUCGUAUCUAUCGUUUUCUUCUACCUCGGUAAGCAUUGGUCGGAUGAUUCUCAACAACUCAUCUUCUUCAAUUGGCGCCAAACCCCAACAGAUUCCUCGUCUCAUACUCCUACUAUUUCCCUCUCACCCAAUUUCAACAAAUCCUUCGAUAUACCGUCUCUCAUUAAUGACACCCUCCAAACGGAAAAAGUAACUGAAAAAGCCCUAGAUACGAAUCAACCCACAUCGGAUCUAGGGUACAUCCCUGUCUUGCCUCCUCCUCCGCCGCCGCCACCGCCAACGUUGCAAAGAUUUGGUAUUGUGGAUGAAAAUGGGACGAUGGCCGAGGAUUUCGAGGUUGGGGAGAUCGAUACGGGUGUUGUUGAAAACUGGGGGAGUGAGGACGAGACUGAGGUUGUGGAAACUGAAAAUGGAGAGAGUAGGGUUGUUGUGAAGAAGUUUGGUAUGUGCCCGGAGAGUAUGCGAGAGUUUAUACCUUGUUUGGACAAUGUAGAGGCAAUUAACAGGCUGAAUUCCACCGACAAGGGUGAGAGAUUCGAGCGGCAUUGCCCUGAUCAAGGUCAGGGCUUAAAUUGCUUAGUUCCACCUCCCAAGGGGUAUAGAACUCCUAUCCCAUGGCCACAAAGUCGAGACGAGGUAUGGUUCAGCAACGUGCCUCAUGCUCGCUUAGUUGAAGAUAAAGGGGGUCAAAAUUGGAUUUCCAUAGAUAAAGACAAAUUCAAGUUUCCUGGAGGUGGCACACAGUUCAUACAUGGAGCGGACCAAUACUUGGAUCAGAUUCAGAAGAUGCUUCCCGAAAUAGCAUUUGGACAGCACACUAGAGUUGCUUUGGAUGUUGGAUGUGGCGUGGCAAGUUUCGGUGCCUAUUUAUUGUCCAGGAAUGUGGUCACCAUGUCAGUAGCCCCUAAGGAUGUUCAUGAGAAUCAGAUUCAAUUUGCUCUUGAACGUGGUGUGCCUGCUAUGGCGGCGGCUUUUGCAACAAGGAGACUUCUAUAUGCCAGUCAAGCUUUCGAUCUAGUACAUUGCUCAAGAUGCAGAGUUAACUGGACUCGUGAUGAUGGAAUUUUGCUACUUGAGGUCAACAGGAUGCUACGUGCAGGAGGAUACUUUGUCUGGGCAGCACAACCUGUCUAUAAGCAUGAACCCCUCCUAGAAGAGCAAUGGCAAGAGAUGGUUAAUCUUACGACCCGCAUUUGCUGGAAUCUUGUGAAGAAGGAAGGUUACAUUGCUAUUUGGCAGAAACCCCUUAACAACAGUUGCUAUCUGGACCGAGAGGUUGGGACCAAUCCUCCUCUCUGUGAUUUAGAAGAUGAUCCAGACAGUGUUUGGUAUUCUGAUCUAAAAGCAUGCAUCACUCCGCUGCCAGAAGAUGGAAGUGGAUCCAAUGUCAGCGUGUGGCCUGCUCGCCUGCAUAACCCUCCUGACCGGCUCCAGAGCAUACAAAUGGAUGCAUUCAUUUCUAGGAAGGAAUUAUUCAAGGCUGAAUCCAAGUACUGGAGUGACAUUAUACAAAGCUAUGUUCGUGGUUUACGUUGGAAAGAGAUCCAACUGAGAAAUGUUCUUGACAUGCGUGCUGGAUUUGGAGGGUUUGCAGCUGCCCUAAUUGAUCAUAAACUUGAUUGCUGGGUUCUAAAUGUGGUGCCUGUUAGCGGCCCAAACACUUUGCCCGUUAUAUAUGAUCGUGGGCUUCUCGGUGUGAUGCAUGAUUGGUGCGAGCCUUUUGACACAUAUCCUAGGACUUACGACUUAGUGCACGCAGCGGGUCUUUUCUCAGUAGAGCGCAAAAGAUGCAAUGUGUCAAGCAUCAUGCUUGAAAUGGACCGAAUAUUGAGACCUGGUGGCCGGGUUUACAUACGCGACUCUCUUUCGAUAAUGGAUGAACUAAAAUCGACAGGGAUGGCCAUGGGUUGGCACGUAUCUCUUCGCGAUACAGCUGAGGGUCCACACGCAAGUUAUAGGAUAUUGAUUGGUGAUAAACGUAUUCUCCAGACCUGAACCAACAUUAGGAUUAUACUCUUUUGUCCUGCAGCAAUAGUUUUGUAUCGCGGGUGAGAAGAGGCCGGGGUUGCUGGACGACAUUGAGGAUUUUUGAUCUUUCAAAUGCCAAGUAUAUCUUUGUUAUAUAUUUAUAUGCAGAAUUCCUUGUUCCCCUACCUGUAUGAUUAGCAGCAUAGUUUGUGUAGAUUUAUUAUUAUUUUUUCAGUACUUUGAAGAAUGAUGAAUGUAAUAGUUUGCUCUCUCCACACAACAACAUAAGUCCAAUAUAUAUUAAUUUAUUUGUCAAA